CUUCCAUUUUAUAACCCAGUUCAACCCUCACUCCCUCAUCCACAACUCAACAGCUAGCCCUUGUUCCAUUUUCAGAGACCAACAAGUCCUCACCAUGUCCUCAAAAUCUCUCAACCCAAAUUCCAAACCCUUCUUCCACUUUCCGUCCAUCACGUACACUAAACCCCUCAACCCUAAUGCCAACCCAUUUCACAUUCAGACUUAUCUCUGCAACCCUUCUUGGCAGUGGCGACCAUUUAUCCCAAAAACUCGUAACAAAUUAACAAUGGAUAAUCUUCCAAGAGUGAGACAGUUUUCCCGUACUAUGAACCACAAUAUUCCGGGCAGGCGUAAGCAUCAUGUCGUCUCCGGUCCUUCCGUUCAUGUAUGGAAAGCCAAGCCUGAAGAGCACAAGGAUUGGAGGAACGACAAAUUAUUGGAGAAGAAGAGGAGCAGCAAAGGGAAAGUCAUUCCUUUUCCUUUAUGUUCAUCUGACCAGAAACCAUUUUGCACCACAGUGAUGAUCAAGAAUAUUCCCAAUCAAUUCCGGAGGACUAAUUUGGUGACCAUAUUGAGAAGCCACUGCAAGGAGGAAAACAAAAAGUCUGAGUACAAAUCUGAGUUCGAUUUUGUGUAUUUGCCAAUGGAUUUCCAGCAAUACUGGGAGAAGAAGAGGGUUGUAAAUCUGGGUUAUGCCUUUGUCAACUUCACCAGUUACGUUGCUGCUUUGAGGUUCUUUCAAUACUACCACAACCGAGAAUGGAAUGUGAAGCUUAACAACAAAAUUUGUCAAGUUACCUGCGCCAAAAUCCAGGGAAAGGAAGCUCUUAUGCGGCUAUUUGAGAACAGUGUAUUCUGGUGCCACACGGAUAUGUACUUGCCUGUGGUUUUGGAACCAGCCUGUGACGGUGAGCUUCUGCCCGACCUCAUCAACGUUGGAAGCCGUGUUUGUGCACCUUCGAGGAAACCCAGAACAAAGUGAAGAAGUGAUCUUCAAUUAGUACUGGGGGUGCUGCGUAGAAUGGAGAAGCUGAGCGCCUGAGCUUGUGAUGUUAGUUAGGGGUUAUGGACUGAUAUGAUGUUGGCCUUUACUGUGUUUCCUAUAUCUCCCUAGAUGUAGUAGAACUUCUGGGGAGAAAAGGAAACAUUGUCCUUUUUCCUUUGUUUUCUUCAUGUAGUCUAGUUUUCCGAUUUGAUUUGGUACGCUGUGUUUUGAUUGUCUCCCUUGGUCAAGUAUGGCCAUGCUU